UCCCCCCCACCCAAGUCAUCUGAUACAACAAAACAUUCCACUGAUAGCCAAUCCGCGAUGCAGCCCAGGGACUGGCAAGAAAGACCAUAACAGCUACUGGCAAAAUAUUGACAGUUUCUCCGAAACUCGGGCUUAGUUUUUUUGUGACCUUGGCUGAGUAACACCAGUAAGGAUCGGAAAUACUUAGCGCCGAGCUAGGGUGUAGUGAAGUCGGGUGGAGGAGGAGGCGACCGUCCGGACAGGAGAAAAACAAAGAUGGCUGUGUAGUUAGAGAGUAGUCCCAGCGAACUGUCUGAACAUAUCUCUGCUUUUUCCAAAACUGACACUUCCCGGGGGCCGGUGGAUAGUGAACUGGUACAGGGGUAAAGCCAUUAACCGAUCUGCCGAACCGGGCAGUUAGUUGCUGAACGUCCGCUCACGCGCUGGCACGGCAAAUAAAAGAAUGGACAACACAAAAACAUCUGACGGGGUGUUUUGUUAUAGCUAGACAGCGGAGAGAACUGGAGUGUUUUGUGAGCUUGAUACCUAUAGCCUAUUAGCUAGCUGAAUUUCGCUUAUCUGCCAACAUCGCUAAAUAUCCAUCUACAAAAAACGAUCAUCAAAUAACAAUUUAGGAUAUUCCAGAACGUUACGCGAGGGUUCGUGAUUCUAAAUUCCAAGCGCGUUAUUGCGUAACAUUGCCUACGAACAGGCACGCUAUCUAGCUAGCCAACUGACCCUGAGCUGGGUGGCUUGGUUUUCCCUUGCCUGUGACGUUAAACCUGCCAGCUAGGUAACAUUUGUGACGGGUAGCUAGCUAACGCCUGACAAUCACCACCACCCACCAUGUCCUCGGUGGAAGAGCGGGGAGAGGUGGGCGUCGCGGCCACCCCAGGCUCCUCCUCAGGCGGCCUGGGUGUUGUGGCGGUGGGGGCAGCCCUGGAGGCUGUCGUCGGGGGACCGUCUAUGCAGGAGGAGGUGAGCAUCCGGAGAGGAGAGGGGCUCGGUCCCGAGUCGGAUCCGGACGAGCCGCCGCCCAAGAAGCGGAUGAGACUGCCGGAAGGAGAGUCGGGAAAGCUGGAAGAGAGGCUGUAUUCAGUCCUGUGCUGCACUGUAUGCCUAGACCUGCCCAAAGCCUCCGUGUAUCAGUGCACCAACGGUCACCUGAUGUGUGCUGGCUGUUUCAUCCACCUGCUGGCUGACUCUCGUCUGAAAGAGGAGCAGGCCACGUGUCCUAACUGCAGGUGUGAGAUCAGUAAGUCCCUGUGUUGUAGGAACCUGGCUGUAGAGAAGGCUGUGAGUGAGCUGCCCACAGACUGCCCCUUCUGUCUCAAACAGUUCCCUCGCUCCAGCCUAGAGAGGCACCAGAGAGAGGAGUGUCAAGACAGGGUGACACAGUGUAAGUACAAGCGGAUUGGCUGCCCGUGGAAGGGGCCGUUCCACGAGCUGCCGGCCCACGAGGAGGAGUGCUGCCACCCCACCAAGACUGGCACAGAGCUGAUGGGCAUCCUGGGGGAGAUGGACCAGAGCCACCGCAGAGAACUAACCCUUUACAACUCUAUAUUCUCCCUGCUCUGUUACGAGAAGAUUGGCUUCACAGGUAGGCUAGAGGUCCAGUUCCGGCCGUACCGCACCGAUGACUUUAUAACCCGUCUGUACUAUGAGACUCCUCGUUUCACCGUGUUGAACCAAACCUGGGUUCUGAAGGCCAGGGUCAACGACUCUGAACGCAACCCUAACCUCUCCUGCAAACGCACCCUCUCCUUCCAGCUCAUCCUCAAGAGCAAGGUGAACUCCGCUAUAGAGUGUUCCUUCCUGCUGUUGAAAGGUCCGUACGAUGACGUGAGGAUCAAGCCUGUGAUCCACCACCACGCGUUCAGCAACGACACCAACGAGACAGACUACGUCCCCCUGCCCAUCACCGACUCUGUGGAGUGUAACAAACUACUGGCUGCCAAGAACAUCAACCUUCGACUCUUCAUCUUCCAGAUCCAGAAAUAGACGGGGGGGGAGUAAGGACCGAGAGAGGGGUAGAGGAAGGGGGAGAGAGGACAGAGAGAGGGGUAGAGGAAGGGGGGAGAGAAGACCGAAAGAGUGGUAGAGGAAGGGGGAGGAGAACAGAGAGAGGGAGAGCUUGUUCACCCCCUGAAGUUUGAGAUUAAAGUGAUACACCACUGAACCACUGAUACCUCUUUACACAGACACACACACCACUGGCUGACAUACUUCUGAGAGUUUUAUAGAACCCUAACUUGGGGUGCUUUCAUUGUUGCUAUGAAGACAAGGUGGUGUUGCCAGGGGAAUUCGUCUGUAGAGACUGACAUGGUUCUUCCUAUGGAGACGGGGAUGUUGCUAGGGGAGAGAGGGUGGUGUUGCUAUGGACUCGGUGGUGACACCUGAGCCUAAGGUAGCACAUACAGUGCAUUCGGAAAGUAUUCAGACCCCUUUCCACAUUUUGUUACGUUACAGCCUUAUUCUAAAAUAAUUAUUCUACACACAAUACCCCAUAAUGACAAACCAAAAACAUGUUUAGAAAUUUUAUUAUAAAUAAAAACUGAAAUAGCACAUUUACAUAAGUAUUCAGACCCUUUACUCAGUACUUCGCUGAAACACCUUUGGCAGCGAUUACACCCUUAAUUCUUCUUGGGUAUGACUCUACAAGCUUGGCACACCUGUAUUUGGGGGGUUUCUCCCCAUUCUUCUCUGCAGAUCAUUUCAAGCUCUGGAGCAGGUUUUCAUCAAGGAUCUCACUUUACUUUGCUCCGUUCAUCUUUCCCUCGAUCCUGACUAAUCUCCCAAUCCCUGCCACAGAUGGUGCCAGGUUUCCUCCUUCCUACAGCCCCUCUCUUGGCAUUUGGGCCAAAGAGUUCAAUUUUGGUUUCAUCGGACCAGAGAAUCUUGUUUCUCAAGGUCUGAGUCCUUUAGGCAAAUGGGCUGUUAGGUGCCUUUUCCUGAGGAGUGGUUUCUGUCUGGCAAUUCUACCGUAAAGGCCUGAUUGGUGGAGUGCUGCAGAGAUGGCUGUCCUUCUGGAAGGUUCUCCCAUAUCCACAGAGGAACUCUGGACCUCUGACAGAGCUCCAAUCGGGUUCUUAGUCACCUCCCUGACCAAGGCCCUUCUCCCCCGAAUGCUUAGUUUGGCCAGGUGGCCAGCUCUUGGAACAGUCUUGGUGGUUCCAAACUUCUUCCAUUUAAGAAUGAUGGAGGCCACUGUUCUUGGAGACCUUCAAUGCUGCAGAAAUGAUUUGGUACCCUUCCCCAGAUCUGUGCCUCGACACAAUCCUUUCUCGGAGCUCUAUGGGGAAUUCCUUCGACCUCAUUGCUUGGUUUUUGCUUUGACAUGCACUGUCAACUGUGGGAAUUUAUAUAUAGACAGGUGUGCACCUUUCCAAAUCAUGUCCAAUCAAAUGAAUUUACCACAGGUGGUCUCCAAGUUGUAGAAACAUCUCAAGGAUGAUCAAUGGAAACGGGAUGCAUCUGAGCUCAGUUGAGUCUCAUAGCAAAGGGUCUGAAUAUUUAUGUAACAAGGUAUUAUUAUUUUUUUUUAAAUGCAAACUUUAAAAAACAACAACCUGUUUUCACUUUUGUCAUUUUGGGGUAUUGUGUGUAGAUUGAUGAGGACUUUUUUAUUUAAUCAAUUUUAGAAUAAGGACGUAAUAAAAUGUUUUUAAUAAAUCAAGGGGUCUGAAUACUUUCCGAAUGUAUUGUACCAACCAAAGCAGGAUGGUCCGGCGCGUUCCAAAGAUGUGAAUGUGAGUUUUGAAUUCUGUUGACCACUCAGUUAGUUUGUCCAAUGGAGAGGGAAAGGGUGUAUGUGUGUCUUUGAGCCACCUGUACGCACACACACACACACACACACACUCACUUGCUCCCUGACCUGCUCCUAGUCUGUGUGUUUAGGACAGGUGUUCAUUUUGUAUCUGAGAGCAGCCAAGACCAGAGCCAAGAUGGCUGUGUUUUGCCCUUUGACACACAGGAGAGGUGUUCUGCAUGCUCCAUUUUAAUUAGCCCUUUAAAUAUUAGUUGUGAUUUAUAUAUUAACGUUAUAAGCUAACUUAUACCAAUUCAUAUUUUCUUUUAACCCUGAAUAUUUAAAUACCUGUGAACUUUUCCUUUGUAGUUAGUUUUUUUUGUGUGUGUGUGUGUGUGUGUGUGUGUGGAGAGAUUAAUUUUGGGCCCAAGUGAACACAUCCCUAUAAACACACUUGCACACAUGUGGACUCCUCCCUCUGAUCUGGUUGGUCUGUACUAGAGACCUGCUAGAAUUGGAGAACCCCAGCUUGCUCUGAGAGAGGGGAAGCCCAGGGUUUGAACCCAGUUUGUCUGCGUGCCAUGAGACUGUUGGUCCUCUGAGCUGAAGUGUAGGCAUUAGCUUGGGGAGGUACCCCAAGUCUUCUAGUCUCAGAUAAGGUUAUUGGCGAUGGGAGGGUGAUUCAUCUCAGAGAGAGUGAAAAUAUAACCUGAAUGGUCCACCAGCUCAACCUUGUUCUAGAGGACUAGACCAUGACUCCGGUUCUAAAGGGGGAGAACCCUUCGGGGCAGUGUGUGUGUGAGUGUGUGUGUGUGUAUAGGGGGUGGGUGUGGUGCAUUACUAUGGUGACAUGUUUAGAGCGUUAGACUUACUUGAGUGACGCUAUGAUGAUGAGUGACGUUACUAAAAGUAGAAUCUACUGUGAUAGGUCAGGAGUAAAGACAGAUCUAUCUAGGUUGAGUAUUUCUAUAGAUCUGUCUCACCUCCAGGCCUAUCUAGGUCUUGUAUUCUGUGUUUUAAUGCUUUUUGUCUCUAUACCAAUAGACUCACUGACUCAUCUCACUAUGGCUGCCUUUUUAUUAAAGAUCAUGGAAACUGAAAAAUA